CGGCGGUGGGAAGGUGCCCAGCCCGCCCCGGAUGGGCAUCGUGGAGCCGGGCUGCGGAGACAUGCUGACGGGCACUGAGCCCAUGCCGGCGAGCGACGAGGGCCGGGCGCCCGGAGCCGACCCGCAGAACCGCUACUUCUACCCGGAUCCCGCGGCGCAGGACUCGGCCGACCGGCGCGGGGGCGGCAACCUGGGGGCGCCCUUCGCAGGAGGCGCCCUGGUGCCCACUCCGCCUGGCCGUUUUCUGGGAACCUACGCCUACCCGACUCGACCCCAGACCACUGGCUUCCCCGGCACAGCCGAGCCCUUCCCGCCGCCCGCGGGCGCCGAGAGCUACCAGCCUGGCGACGGCUAUGCUGCCCCGGACCCGAGAGCGGGUCUCUACCCGGCGCAGCGCGCAGACUAUGCGGUGCCCGCCGGCCUCGAAGUGUCGGGGAAGCUGCGCGUCGCGCUCAACAACCACCUGUUGUGGUCCAAGUUCAACCAGCACCAGACAGAGAUGAUCAUCACCAAGCAGGGCCGGAGGAUGUUCCCAUUCCUGUCGUUUACCGUGGCCGGGCUGGAGCCCACCAGCCAUUACCGGAUGUUUGUGGACGUGGUCUUGGUGGACCAGCACCACUGGCGGUAUCAGAGUGGCAAGUGGGUGCAGUGCGGAAAGGCCGAGGGCAGCAUGCCAGGAAACCGACUAUACAUCCACCCUGAUUCCCCGAACACUGGAGCCCACUGGAUGCGCCAAGAAGUUUCAUUUGGGAAAUUAAAGCUCACAAACAACAAAGGAGCCUCCAACAAUGUGACUCAGAUGAUCGUCCUUCAGUCCCUACACAAGUACCAGCCCCGGCUGCACAUUGUGGAGGUGAAUGACAGUGAGCCUGAGGCGGCCUGCAGCGCCUCCAACACCCAUAUCUUUACUUUCCAAGAAACCCAGUUUAUCGCUGUGACUGCCUACCAGAAUGCUGAGAUCACUCAGCUGAAAAUUGAUAACAACCCUUUUGCCAAAGGAUUCCGGGAGAACUUUGAGUCGAUGUACGCAUCUGUGGACACCAAUGUUCCCUCCCCACCUGGACCCAACUGUCAAUUAUUUGGGGGAGAACACUACUCUCCUCUCCUACCCAACCAGUAUCCUGUUCCCAGCCGGUUUUACCCCGACCUACCUGGUCAGGCCAAGGACGUGGUUCCCCAGCCUUACUGGCUCGGGGGUCCCCGGGACCACAGCUAUGAGGCGGAAUUCCGAGCAGUCAGCAUGAAGCCUGCAUUCCUGCCCUCUGCCCCUGCGCCCAACUUACCCUACUACCGCAGUCAGGAGGUCCUGGCACCUGGCACUUCCUGGCCUGUGGCUCCACAGUACCCCCCGAAGAUGGGCCCGGCCAGCUGGUUCCGCCCUAUGAGAACUCUGCCCAUGGAACCUGGCACGGGCAGCUUGGAGGGCCGAGGGCUGGAAGACCAAGGCACCCCAUCAGUGUGGACUGAGAUCACCUCCAUUCGGCCAGAAUCCAGUGACUCGGGGCUGGGUGAAGGAGACUCUAAGAGGAGGCGCGUGUCCCCCUACCCUUCCAGUGGUGACAGCUCCUCUCCUGCUGCGGCCCCUUCUCCUUUUGAUAAGGAAGCUGAAAGCCAGUUUUAUAACUAUUUUCCCAAUUGA